CUCCCUCUUUUUUUAUUUUUUGGUCGAAACUCCCUCCCUCUGAUAUCUGUUUCUCUCAAACCAAUGGCGUCCGUACGAUUCCGUACGCUCCUCCUGGUCUCGGCGGCGUUGAGGGUGAUUCUGAUCCUCUACGGAGAGUGGCAGGAUACCCACAUGGAGGUGAGGUACACUGACAUUGAUUACAUGGUCUUCUCCGACGCUGCUUCUCUAAUGGCCGCCGGUAAAUCCCCAUUUGCAAGAUCCACUUACAGGUACUCUCCUCUGCUCGCGUUUUUGCUCAUACCCAAUUCGUUUCUUCACCGCUCUUGGGGCAAGUUCCUCUUCUCAGCUGCAGAUUUGCUUGUGGGUUUGUUUAUAAGGACCAUAUUGAAGCUUCGUGGGGUGCCUGAGAAUUUAAGCAUGCUUUCUGUGAUCGUUUGGCUCUUUAAUCCGUUUACCUUUACCAUUGGGACUCGUGGGAACUGUGAGCCAAUUGUUUGUGCUUUGGUUCUUUGGGUCUUCAUAUGUCUCAUGAACGGACGCGUGUUACAAGCUGCAUUUUGGUACGGGCUUGUUGUCCACUUCAGAAUCUACCCCAUUAUCUAUGCACUUCCUAUCCUUGUGAUUCUUGAUCCGCAUGUGUUUCGAUCUGGUCAGAAGCCUAGCCUACAAUUUUGGGAUCCUCGGCAAGAAUCACCUCAAAACAGAUCUGUUACAAGACUUGCUCAGCUUCUUUGUCCGUGGUUUCUUUUGAAAAGUGCGUUAACACGUGAAAGGAUAGUUUUCUCCUUUAUAUCUGCAGCCGUAUUCUUCCUUUUCACUGGUUUAUUCUAUCAUCUAUAUGGGUGGGAGUUCUUGUAUGAGGCACUGCUGUAUCAUCUUACCCGUACUGAUCCAAGGCAUAAUUUCUCCAUUUAUUUUUAUCACAUCUACCUUCAGUACAACCGUAAACUCUCGAUAUUGGAGAAGCUUGUCUCAUUUUUGCCUCAGUUGAUAGUCCAGGUUGUGCUUGUUUUGAGUUUUGCGCAAGACCUUCCAUUCUGCUGCUUAGUGCAGACAGUAGCAUUUGUGGCAUUCAACAAGGUAAUGACGGCACAAUACUUUGUGUGGUUCUUUUGUCUCUUGCCUCUGGUACUCGCUUGGAGCAAGAUGAAGCUCAAAUGGAAAGGCCUAUCAUGCAUGACAUUGUGGGUGGCUGGUCAACUUCAUUGGUUGAUGUGGGGUUAUUUGCUUGAGUUCAAGGGACGGAAUGUUUUUCUUCAACUCUGGAUGGCAAGCAUCUUGUUCUUAGCUGCAAACACGUAUGUUUUAGUUUCGCUCAUCCGCGACCACAGAUUUUCUCCAGUUUUCACAUGUUUGGAGAAAACUUCCAAGGGCGGGAAGAAACUUCAGUGACAGAAUAAUUAGAUUGAUUUGGAGGUUUACAUAUAAGUUGACAAUUUAAUAUUUCUUUCCUUUA